AUGCCUCCAAAGAAGCGCCGUACUACCUCCGGCAGUUCAUCUUCUCGCCAAAAGGGCAAGAAGAGAGCCUCUGGCUACCGUCGAGGCUCUCCUCUGCCUGACGGCCCUCGUCGAUCGGCGCGGCUCUCAGAGAAGGCAGUGACAGCCACUCGCACUGUCGCCGACGACCCCGAGACCUCCCAGACGUCAGAUGUCCACCCCGCCUCCAAUGACGAGGGCCCCCCCGCGAAGCAUGACAACCCUGCCGACGCUGGAGGAGGUGAGUCCCCAAAGAAGCGACGUACUACCUCCAGCAGUUCAUCUUCUCGCCAAAAGGGCAAGAAGAGAGCCUCUGGCUAUCGCCGAGGCUCUUCUCUGCCUGACGGCCCUCGUCGAUCGGCGCGGCUCUCAGAGAAGGCAGUGACAGCCACUCGCACUGUCGCCGACGACCCCGAGACCUCCCAGACGUCAGAUGUCCACCCCGCCUCCAAUGACGAGGGCCCCCCGCGAAGCAUGGUCACCACCAGAUCCCCACAAGCUAAACAAGCUCAAGACAACCCUGCCGACGCUGGAGGAGGUGAGUCCCCAGCGAAGCGGCGCAAAGUCACGCGAACUCGCGCCAUGCGUGCUGCGUCUUCCCCGAAAGCAAUCCCCGGGGGAAAAGCAGCCAGCAGAAGGGCCUGCCCGCGGCAAUCCAACUGGACUCACGAAGAGUCCAGCUCAUGCGGAGCAGGUCAUGCCUAUCUCACAGCGAGGAAGCUCCCCAGACUCGCAGCCCGCGAGGUCCAGUAUACACACUGGUUCCCGCGCGGUUGUGGCCGAAGGCAUUCCUGUUGGGUCCCGUGGCCGGGUAUCCAGGAGUUCGAGUCGUGGGCGGUACUAGACCUGGCCCUCACGAUCACUCUCAGCGAUCUCCAUGGCCUAACAUUCGAAGUGGAGUUUGGUACCAUUGAGCAGCAGGGUGAGGGGCCCCUGCUGAGCGACGCCAGCAACGGUACUGCUGCUGAACCCACGGGUCCUUUGGAAAGCGGGGAUCCUGAAGCUAGCGCUUCUGUUGCCAGCGAGAGUCUCGAUUGGUCGGGGCUCGACGAGGAUGACUUCGCUGGCGUCGGCCCAGAUUGGAGGCUUGAGGGGUACCCGCCCCGCCUGCCCUUCUCUCUGGACGAGCAAGAGAACGAGGCUGCUGGUGGUUCGCCUGCCGAGUAA